AUGGUAUUACGGAUACGCCUCGCCCGCUUCGGCAAGAAGCACGCUCCUUUCUACAACAUUGUCGUCGCGCACGCCCGCACCGCCCGCAACUCGCGCCCCCUCGAAGUCCUCGGCACCUACGACCCCAAGCCGCAACCGCCCCGCCCCGGCGACACGCACGGGCGGCCGUGGAAAGACAUCCGGCUGGACAUAUCGCGCGCGCGAUACUGGGUGGGCGUGGGCGCGCAGCCGAGCGAUACGGCGUGGCGGUUACUCAGCAUGGUGGGGAUUCUGGAGCCGCAGUUUCGCGUGGGACAGGUGCAGGGACAGGUGGUUAGGGCGGAUUCGGCGGCGAAGAGUUUGAUUCCGGAGAGUAGUGGGGAGGGAGUGAAGACGAAGGAGGGCUGA